AUGCCUGGCAUGAAUGUCAAGUCCUCGGCCCGUCGCGGGCCGUGGUCGCUGGCGGAUAGUUAUGGGUUCAUUGCUUCAUUCGUUACGAAAUCUGGACACCGCGGGCCACGACACUUCGCUCAAGACCCGGGUUUUUCGGGCCAGCGAUGUUUUUCUUGGCCAUCGAGUAGACGCAUAGCAAGGGUAGAUAUCAAUGGGUUACAUAGAGAAACAGCAACAUCACAUUCGUCACGUCGUCAAACCCAACAACGCCGACAUUUCCACAGCUACUUCGUCACUAACCUCCCCUCCUCCUCCCUCCAUCCCGACUCCCGACCUCCAACCGGUCCCCACCACAAACUCCCGCGCUCAGCCUCGACACCUCACACUCCAGGAAGCGGACCCUCACCAGCCGCGGCCCCGCCCAUGAUUGGCACCUCCCGCGAACUUACAGUAGUACGCAUCCCCCUCCGAAGCGCAAAACACCACUUCGGUGUCUUCCUCUCACGUGGGACACGGCCUUAUAAUGAAGAUACAUACCAAGCAGGCACGCUAGAGAUUCCCGCAUUUGCAAAACGGGCACCUAUAAGCCUGAGUCGUUCGGGGCAGAAGGAGGCAGCGACGGGGGCGGAUAGCGCGAGUGGAGAUCCACAGGUCUUCUAUUUUGGGGUGUUUGAUGGACAUGGUGGAAAUGAAUGUAGUGAUUUCCUGAGGGAGGAAUUGCAUAAUUAUAUUGAGAGCACUGCGAAGACAUUUGAAUUGGGCUCGAGUUUGAAGAAAGGGAGGGGCACGGAGAUUGAUGCUGCGGGGAGCGGGGGCAAUAGUGCUAGGGAUCUACCUACGGAUGGGAAGGAGAGUCUUCAGAAAGUGGAAAUGAAAGGGAAGGAGGAGGUGCAGGACUCGACGUCUGUUACGCCCCUGAGUCAAGAGGGAGAUGUUGGGGAAUCACCUGCGAAUACUGCUCUAGAGGGCGGGGACCCAGAGGCUAUCGAGGCUAAUGAGCCGAAAGCGGUUGAGCUGGAAAGGUCACUGCUUGAUCAGUGGAAGGACACAGUCGGGGGAUACUUUAAGCGCUUCAGACCCGACUUUUUCUCCCUACCGCUACCCAGAGAUGGUUCACCCCCAGUGGAUGCUCCCUUAUCCAUCGAGUCGGUCCUGAUGUACUCGUUCCUCAAAGCCGACCUCGACUUCGUCACCGCCCAAGCCCGAAAACCAGACCCCGACGCCCACAGCGACGAGCCCUUAAACGCAGAAGACAUCCUCGGCGAACCCGCCUACCGCGCCUCAACGAAAACCCGUAUCGGGGGCCCAACCCGUUUCAUAGGCGGCUCAACCGCUUCUAUUGCUCUAAUCUCUACCCCAACUCCAACACCCUUCUGGCACCCCGCGUCCCCCUCUUCCCUCAUCACCGCCCACGUAGGCGAUACCCGCGUCAUCCUCUGCGACACAGCAACCGGUCUCGCCAAACCAUUAACAACCAACCACCACCCAUCCGCCCCGGUCGAAAGUACACGUCUCCGUCGGUACGCCGCUACAUUCGUAACGGACUCCUUCGGCGAAGAGCGAAUGUCCGGCCUAGCUAACACGCGCUCCUUCGGCGACAUGCGUUCUAAACGAAUCGGCGUCUCGGCCGAGCCGGAAAUCCGACGCGUCGAGCUCGCGCCUGCAGAAUAUAGUUUCCUUGUCCUGGUUAGUGAUGGAGUGAGCGGAACGCUUAGCGACCAAGAAAUCGUGGAUGUUGUUAAAGAAGCGAAAACCCCUGAGCAGGGCGCUGGGGAUGUGGUUUCUUUCGCAACAGAAGUUACCCGCGAGGGGGAUAAUGCGACGUGCCUAGUUGUUAGACUAGGUGGAUGGGAAAGGAGGGGAGAAGGGGGCUUGGGCAGUCUGGGGACUAAAGAAGUAAGGGAUUAUAGAAGGGGCGAGGCGGCGGAUCCGAGGAGGAGUCGGACGUUGAUGAAAUCCCCCAUGACACCACCAAUCGACCCAGCAAUCCUUUCAGCGCUCUCUCUCCAUGCUGCAACAACGAAGAUAUCCUCACAUGGGGGCUCCGGUUUCUCGUCGACAUUCAAGCUCUCGAGUAACGAAGGGCAUGGAGAGGAGAAGAUUUACUUUGUAAAGAUCGGGAAGGGGAGGGGGAGUGAGGUUAUGUUUGCUGGCGAACACGCAUCCCUCAAUGGGAUCCAUACCGCCGUCCCAUCCCUAUGUCCCAAAUCCCACGCCCACGGCCCCCUCUCCAACACCAACGGCUCCUUCCUGGCAACUGAUUUCCUAUCCCUCACAUCCGCCCCAUCUUCGGGGCAAAGCCUCGCCCAAAAACUCGCAAAGUUGCACAGUACACCGGCGCCUAUCCCGGACGGCUAUGGGAAGCCCGUGUUUGGGUUCCCGGUUGCCACGUGCUGUGGUGAUACGGAGCAGGAUAACGGGUUUGAGGAGGAUUGGUCGAGGUUUUAUGCCGCGAGGCGCUUGGGUGGCAUUGGGAGGGAGAUUGAGAGGAAGUAUGGUGCGGAUGGGGAGUUAGCAGAGCUGAUCUCCAAAACAUCCACUCGUAUCGCCCCCCGUCUCCUCUCAUCCACCCACCUAAAAUCCGGCCAAACCGGUGGCCCCAUCAUCCCCGUCGUAGUGCACGGGGACCUCUGGAGCGGAAACCAUGGUAGGGGAUCCAUUGGCGGUGGGUCGGUCGAAGAGGUAGUGUAUGACCCCAGCUCCUGCUGGGCACAUUCCGAGUUUGAAUUUGGGAUUAUGAGGAUGUUUGGUGGGUUUGGAGGCGCUUUUGAGCGCGAGUAUGAGAGCUAUAAGAACAAGGAUGAGCCGAAGGAGGAGUGGGAGGAUAGGGUGAAGCUGUAUGAGUUAUACCACCAUCUAAACCACUAUGCCAUUUUUGGCGGUUCGUAUAGAAGUGGCGCUGUACAGAUCAUGAAGAGCUUGAUCAAGAAAUAUGGCUAG